GUGGGGCCUUGAAGUGGUGGAUGGAUUGGUUUUUAGGGUUUCAGUGAGGUGUGAGGAAGAUGUUUUAUUCGCAGUUUAUAUUGGCCAAGAAAGGGCCACUUGGAACCAUAUGGAUUGCGGCACAUUUGGAGAGGAAACUUCGGAAGAAUCAGGUGGCUGAUACUGAUAUUGGCGUCUCAGUAGACUCAAUUCUUUUCCCUGAAGUACCAAUUGCACUUCGGCUAUCUAGUCAUCUUCUGCUUGGGGUGGUGAGGAUAUAUUCCCGAAAGGUGAAUUAUCUUUUCCAUGAUUGCAGCGAGGCUUUGCUUAAGAUAAAGCAAGCUUUUCGCUCCACUGCGGUUGAUCUGCCACCGGAAGAAUCUACUGCACCCUAUCACUCCAUUACCUUGCCAGAGACUUUUGAUCUUGAUGAUUUCGAGCUACCAGACAGUGCACUUUUUCAGGGUAACUAUGUUGACCAUCAUGUCAGUACGAGGGAGCAGAUUACACUUCAAGAUACCAUGGAUGGUGUGGUCUAUUCCACUUCACAGUUUGGCUUGGAUGAGCGAUUUGGUGAUGGUGAUACUUCUCAGAUUGGCUUAGAUCUUGAUGAGGACUUGUUUUUAGAUAAGGCUAUAGCGUCUCGGCAUGCUGAAGAUUUGUUGGCUACAGAAAAUGUGGAUCCUCCUCAGCCAUGUGGUGAACCCAUGACACCAUUCACUGGCAUGGACAUUGAUGAUGAUGAGAAUUAUGCCGAGAGGACAGCUGGAAUUCCAGAAGUCAUAUUGCCUGAUUGUAGUGGCAAACAGAUUGGUUCAAAUGCCCAAGAGCUGAAGAUGGAUGAUGAAUCUGCUAUUCAUAGUGAUCGAAUUGAAACUCCAGAUCUAAAUGCUGAGGGCUUUCGAUACGAACAGAUUGAAGGCCGGUGUACAAAUCCUACAACAGAUUUGGUUGACUAUACUGUGUCUCCAUCUACCACGGCAUUAGCGGAAAAUGCAAUCCUGGCCAAUGUUGAAGUGGAUCCUAACCAGAUGGCUUCAUCAUUUCAGCCUGAAGAUUGCAAUUCAAUUAAUUUGGUGGUGACAGGGAAACUGGGUGAUUCUUUUAAAGAACCAGAUGUCAAUAUUGGAAAUGCAAACAAUGCAUUGGAGUGUUCUUUGCAUAAUGGUGAGAAUCCUGGGGCUGAUGUCCUUUGCAUGCCCGUUGGGGAAAAUGAGUCUCUUAUGGGUGGUGUGCAGGCCAUCCAUGUAAAACAAGGAAAUUCUACACCUGUUGCAGGAAGUAUGGAUCUAGUAACUUCAGAUAUUUCUCGUUGUGUGUCCUCACCUACUUCAGUUCUAGGUGAACAACCUAAACCUGUUUCUCCUGUUUUGGAAAGUUCAGACAGAAUUGCAGCUGUGGUGGAUGGUCAGGAAGGGAUUAUAAGUAAUAAUGGGUUGGCUGUUUCCAUUGCUGUUCAAAAACAUUCUGAAGAUAUGGCCACACAGACAAUUGCUGUUGACACAACUGCAGCAUUUCCUGCUUGUUCUCAUGAAGCUCUCAUGUUGGAGGAAGCCUGUGGUGGACCAUCUUGUAUUAAUGGCAGUGUUUCAUACAAGGAGACCUCUGAGCCAGAAGAUUUCAAGAGGGGGAAACUUGUUGGGGAUUGUGCUGAAUCAUGUUCCUGUAGCCAUGAAUUGCAGUCCAGCGCUGAUUUUCUGUCAGGAUCAGCAGGUAGACAUGAGCUUGGUCAAGUUGAAGAUAAUGCUUCUGCACAGCCACAAGAUUCCAAUAUUGUGAAUGCAUGUGGUUCCAGUGAAAAAUCUCAUGCUUGCAGCCAUGUACUACGACCAUGCAGUUUCCACUCUAACCAACCUGGUGUAUCAUCUCUCCCAGAUGGUAGUUUAGUAGAAAUAAUCCCUGAUGUAUCCUCCAAAGGAGAUGGGAUGUGCUUAACCAAGACAUCGGAAAGGGAGGAGAUGGCACAGGCUUCUACACUUUCAGCUGAUAUGCAAGGUGAAGGGUGUAACCUAGGCUUUGAGGCAAAUGUAGCUACAGAACCAUUUCGGCCUGAAGAAGUUCAGGCACUUGGCAAGGCAGAUGAGCAUCCUGAUGGUGUCAUCCUGGGAGACACUCAAUUGCAAACUUCCAAUUUUUCAACCAGUUCUGACUUGCCUGCUCCUGAAACAUUGCUUUCAGCCCCUGCAGGGGCUGAAUUACCUGCUGAUGUAAUGAUUGAACUAAUUUCAGAUAAAACAGAAGUAAGUGGGGAUGGGUCCAAAAUCCUUUCUGGUAAAAGGCGUCGUUCAAUGGAAAGUACACCAGUUCUACAUUCAGCUGAGCUUUCUGGGUUGCCUCAAUCAAGAAAUUUGGAUUCUAUUCCGGAUGAUAAUGAUUUAUUGUCAUCCAUUUUAGUUGGAAGAAGAACGUUAGCUUUGAAAGUGAGACCUACUCCGCCACCUGAAGGACCAUCUUCAAAACGCCCCCGAAUGGCUGUCCGUGCCCAUGCCCCCAAGAGGAAGGUGCUUGUGGAUGAUACCAUGGUCUUGCAUGGCGAUACAAUACGACAGCAAUUGACAAAUACUGAGGACAUACGCCGAAUACAAAGGAAAGCUCCUUGUACCCGUCCUGAAAUUUGGAUGAUUCAGAAGCAAUUGUUUGAAGAUGAAAUCUUCAAUGAACCCAUUUUCACUGGAAUGUCAAUGAAGUUGAUUGGUUUGCAGAAUCGAACAUAUGAUUUGACUAAAGCUGGGCUUGACCAAGUUGAUGCAAAUUGCAUUCCUUUUGGAGUACUAAAGGGUAGGGAGCAUGUGGUGAGCACAGAUAUUGCCAAAGAAACUAGUUUGGAAGGUUGCAGCGAGAAUGUCACUGUCAGAAACGAUGGGGAAGCACUACCUGCUGGAGUACAUGGCCAGGCCAAAGACCAACAUUUCGAAGAGUAUACAACCUUAGAGGGUUGUGGUGAGGCUGUAUUAGUGACAAAGGAAAGUGAAGCACAAACAGCUGAGACACUUGUACAGACUGAGAACCAGCAGCAGGGCGAACAUUCCAUUAGGUCCUGCAGGCAUGACACUCAAGGGCAAACAGGGAGUCCAACUGACACAGCUCCAUUGGGCUCAUCAAAAGAUGGACAGUCGGAAGAAAUAACUGCCAUGGAGUUGGAGAGAGUGGAUGAUGGGAUUUCUGAUGUAGUGGAUCAUGUUGCCACUCCUGGGGCUGAACUAGUGGUACCCUCUGGUCCUCUCUCUGGAGAUAAUAGUAAUUUGUCAACUGAUUCUUUCAAGUUGUCUUCUGUGGAUAACAGUGGUGGAGCAGAAGUUAUUCUGCAGAACAAUGAAGAACAUUCCUCUCCAAAUCAGAAAUUGGACUUUGAGCCUGAUGAAAAGGGUGCUUUAACUGUGUGUGGUAAUGAUGGCAAUGACAUUCAGGCCAUUCAUAUUGUGGAAGUGAAUGGCAAAAGUUCAAUUCCACCUGAGGUUUUACCUGCUGCAAAGGAUGAGUCUGUACUGGUGGAAGCCGAAAGCGGCAGGUUAUUAGCUCAAGACUGCCAGAUUGGCGAGGGGAAGGAUACUUCUUCUGCAGUGUCUGUUGCUGAACUGGACAACUGUUCAGUUGAAACAAGCGCGGAUGUGCAAGUAGCUCCCUCUACCCCCUCAUUUGAAAAUAUAAAUUCUUCCUUUCCAGGCAUUUGUUUGGAAAGUGGUGAGCAAACUGAUGUGGUUCUUACAAUCAGUUAUCAGAGCAUUGGAGAGAAUAAUGGGUUUUUAGAUGAGAGUGUAACAAAGUCUGAGCAAGCCAUGGAUGAGGAUGGCCCGACUAUUGGUAUUGAUUACCCAUUAGAACCUAACGUUGACAUGGAAGAUGUUUUCUUUCCUGAAGGAGAGGAUCCAAGCUGUGUGGGUGCCAAUCAAAAUAACACUACAGAUGCUAAAGUUUGCGCGUUUCAUAGUUCUGCUGGAGAUUCUGAUGUUUUUGAGGAUGUAAUAGAUGGGAAUGACACAGAGUUUCUUAAUGUAGAUGAUGAUGAAGUGGCCGAAGAAGAGGACAACAUUAUGCCAAGUGCCGAAGAUUCACAGUUUUUUGAGAACAGUGGAUGGUCCUCCCGCACAAGGGCUGUUGCAAGGUAUCUCCAAACCAUGUUUGAUAAUGAUGCUCGCCAUGAAAGAAAAGUUGUUCAUAUGGACAACCUCUUGGCUGGUAAAACAAGGAAGGAAGCAGCCAGGAUGUUUUUUGAGACUUUGGUUCUUAAAACAAGGGACUAUGUCCAUGUUGAACAAGAGAAUGCAUUUGCGGGCAUCAAUAUUAAGCCUAGAGGAAAGCUCAUGAAAGCAAACUUCUAAUAACCUCUGUAAAAAAAAAAAAGGGGCUUUAGAAAAGUAGCUAGCACAUACCUCUGUAUUCUACUACACAUGCUCGACCCUCUGGAUCAUCUGUCCUCUCAGCUGUUGUAUUCUUUUUUGUUCUGAGCUCUGGGUUUUCUACUGAUAAAUUUAGCAUAGGUUGGGGUCGGGGGUUAAUGUAUUCACUGAUUGUACCCAUAUGUAAAUAUGUUGUAAAAUUAUUUUGCCUGCCAUUGAAGGCAAUAUUUAACUGGGCAUUCUAAAACUUAACACUGUCAUGGUUGUUUAGUCAUAUAUUUAGUUGUAUAUUGUUAUUUU